AUGUCUUCGGUCUAUCACUCACGCUUGCGUCAGAUUCCUUCGGAAGACUUCGAAGAGCCGUGUGAACCUCUUGGCACAUCAGGUGGUACCGCUGCUUUCUACGCGUUGCGCUAUCGACACGGCAAGCAGCCGGCAGGCAUACCCCGCGAUUUUUACAUUGGCAAGGAUGUGGCUCAUGCCAGUGACGAAUUGGACUUCUAUGCACGGCUGCGUGAGGCAGUAAAGGAGAGUGACUCUUGGGCUGCCUUUGGACGCAUGGCAAUGGCUUGCCCUGGUCUGGUGAGGUUGGAGUGCGUGAAUGCCAAGACGCAGCUGCGCACAAAGAGGCUGCUGCUGCUGUUGGAGAAUUUGCGGCAGGGCUUUGAACACAUGCGGCUGCUGGACGUGAAGCUUGGGGCAGAGACAUCUGUGGCUUGCUGGAAGGGCAAGAGCCGGCUAAACGCUUGGAAAAAUGCUUGCGUUGACCAGCGGACGAACUCAGCUGUGGAAGGCUUUCGCCUUGAGGGUAUCGAGCUGCCGCCACGGUCCCUUGAGAAGCGCAUCUCCGAAGUGCUGCAGUCAAAAAGCUUGACUACCACGAAGUACAUCUCGCCUAAGGUUAUACGACGUUUCACGUUACAAAGGCUGCGGGCUGUCGAUUUUUUGGAGUCGUGGUUGGACGUGUCACAUCUAGGCCUUGGCGCAGAGCCGCAUGCCCAGAAGGCCGCCUUAGGCGCUUUCGAGCAGAUGCGGCUGUUGCUCUCGGCCGUCUUUGCUUUGGAUGUUCCGCAGCAAUGGAUUGGCUCGUCUGUUGCGCUGGCAAUGGAAGUUGGAAGCUUUGCCAUCCAGCCGCAUGUUGCAGUGAAGGUGUUUGACUGGGGUAGGGCAGAGCUGAACACCGCCAGCGUUUUCAAUUCCCUGCCUCUCGAGGAGAGAGAGAGCCGAACGCGGUUCUGGAAGCAAUAUCUACAAUCACUGGCGAGGAUGUACUGGGAAUUAGGACGUAUGGUGGCUCACCGGUGUUGCUGCCCAGCCUGGUCGGUCCUCGUCCUAGAGCUGCGGGCCUUUGCACCUGCAGUGCUGCGAGCUGCGUUGCUGGGGGAGAGCCUCGCAACUACCCAGGAGACCUUCGGCAUGGGGCUCUUCCAGAUGUCUGCGGAGGGCGGCCGCGGCGAGAUUUCGCUGCCCUUGCUGGGCACUGCACAGCAGGAGACGCUGCUGGGAUCUCUGCGCCUUCGCAUCAGUGUUCCUCCCCAAGGGGUGGGCACGUGUUCUGUCGAGUGCAGCAAUUCUCCGCUCACUUAG